CCCGUGCAGCCGCGUACCUAUCUGUUGAUCUGUGGCCCGCCGCGCGCGAAGCUCGUCGCGAACGCUCGGAGAGUGCGCCCGCCUCACACCGUCUGUCGUAAACAAAACACUACGUGCUCGAUUUCACGGUCGACGUUCCCCGGACACGCUACAGUACGUUUUCAUGAUUCUUCAAUCAAAGUGUACGUGGUAUCAACAUUUCAAUCCGCGUAGACAAAUACGAGGGGUAAACGGCCCGCCGCCGGCCGCCCACGGACUGUAGUAAUUUGUGCUGUACUUAAUAGUAAACGCACUCCAGACGUUCCCAGCAGGGGAUGCACCAAAUAUUCGCGCCGCAUACAUCAGAUAGAUAAGAUUUGGUAUCUGCUACCAGGGAUCAAGGAAUAGACUCAGAAUGACGAACGACACACUGGGAUUUUUCUUACAGAAAUAUGACACAGAUAUUGGUGGCGGGGUGUGGCGGUGAGAGAGCAUGGAGGGCGCGGACGGGAGCGACGAUCUGUUGGAUUGGGAAGCCCUGUACCAGUUUCCAGUGCAAAAUGCCACCUGGAAUACGACGGAAUGGGUGCCCAACGCAUGGAACUCCACUGCAACAAACGACACCUGGUGGAAUUCGUCCGCGCCCUUUGACUCACCUGCCGCCCUCAUACGCGCCGCAGCGAAGGCGGUUCUCCUCGGUUUACUGAUUCUGGCAACAGUAAUUGGUAAUGUAUUUGUAAUAGCAGCAAUACUGCUAGAGCGGCAUUUACGCAGUGCUGCUAACCAGUUGAUCUUAUCGCUGGCGGUAGCAGAUCUCCUGGUGGCCUGUCUAGUGAUGCCCCUCGGCGCGGUAUACGAAGUUGCCCAGCGCUGGACGCUGGGGCCCGAGCUUUGCGAUAUGUGGACCUCGGGGGAUGUGUUGUGCUGUACUGCCUCCAUUCUGCAUCUAGUUGCUAUUGCCCUUGAUAGGUAUUGGGCUGUGACAAACAUCGAUUACAUCCACGCACGAACUGCACGUCGAGUUGGUUAUAUGAUCGCGUGCGUUUGGGUCGCAAGCUUCCUAGUUUGUAUUGCACCACUCCUGGGUUGGAAAGAUCCCGACUGGAACCGACGCGUCUCCGAAGAUCUUCGUUGCGUCGUCAGUCAAGAUGUGGGCUAUCAAAUAUUUGCAACCGCGUCGUCCUUCUACGUACCAGUGCUAGUUAUCUUAAUAUUGUAUUGGCGGAUAUAUCAAACGGCUAGGAAAAGAAUAAGAAGGCGACCGGGAACGACGACUAGAGGAGGACCACCACCUGUCCCUGCGGGUGGAGCUCUAGUCGCGGCGGGGGGCAGCGGCGGUAUAGCCGCGGCAGUGGUGGCGGUAAUCGGUCGUCCGCUGCCCACCAUAUCCGAAACGACAACGACGGGCAUCACAAACGUAUCGUCGAACAACACGAGCCCCGAGAAGCAGUCGUGCGUCAACGGCCUGGAAGCGGACCCGUCGACGACGGGUUACGGAGCGGUCGCCGCCGCUUACUAUCCGACGCUGGUACGUCGCAAACCCAAAGAGGCGGCCGACUCCAAGAGAGAACGAAAAGCGGCGAAGACAUUAGCAAUAAUAACCGGCGCGUUCGUCGCGUGCUGGCUUCCUUUUUUCGUAUUAGCUAUUUUAGUCCCGACGUGCAACUGCGAGGUGAGUCCGGUGCUGACGUCGCUGUCGCUGUGGCUGGGCUACUUCAACUCCACGCUGAACCCGGUGAUCUACACCGUGUUCAGCCCGGAGUUCCGACACGCGUUCCAGCGCCUGCUGUGCGGCCGCCGCGCGCGCCGCCGCCGCGCGCCGCCCUAGCCGCCCAUCUCGAGAACCUUCGCCCCAACCCGACUGACCUCAUUUAGCUCGAUACAUAAACAUAUUACUUUAUCUUGUUACAUUUUCAGAGAUAUAUUUACACCCCCUUAUUUUUUUUGUACGUGAUAAAUGUGAUUAUGAAUAAGUAUAAUGUCUAAUUCCUAUUAAAUUACCUAUAAGUAUAGGUUUAAUAAAACAUUUUUAAGUAAGGGAUGUGUUAAGUAAGCUUAAUAAAUACAAUCUUAACUUAGAUACAAUAGAACUUACUGUGAUCAAUGAUUGUAGUCAUGAAUAUAAGGUAGGUACUAAUAAUUUAAAUAGUAAUUUGAAAUAUCAUUAAAUAACUUAUGAAGAAGUGUUUCAGUUACCUAUACUUAGUAGGUAUCUUAUAUAUAUUUUUCCUGAAAUAUAAUAAUUAUUAUUA